AUGACUGGAGUGUCAUCCUUAUUACUGUCCGAUGAGGAGAGUCAACUAUUUGGUCUGGUCAGUACCAACGAUGGUGAUGCCUUGAAAGGAUUCAUCGACGAAAAUACUCCGGCAGUAAAUAUCAAUGCCAUUGGCAAGGGGGGACAAACACCACUCAUGUUUGCAGUCCUGUCCGGAAAAGACAAUGCCGUCAAGGUUUUGUUGGAGGCGGGUGCCGAUACGACCAUUGGGGAACAGGAUGGAUACACGCCCAUGCACGGAGCCGGAUAUCAAGGACGGACUGCCAUUGUCAAGCUUUUGGUCGAUCAUGGAUUGGAUCCCCUUGACACCCACAAGGAUGGAUUCAUCGGCAUGCAUCGUGCUUGUUGGGGACCCGAUACCCGACAUACGGAGACGGUUCGAGCCUUUCUCGAAGCGGGGGUACCUCCGGAUUAUCCGAGCGAAAUCGACCAUGGUGGGGGUAAAACUUGCAUGGCCAUGACACCGAAUCCCCACACCAAGGAGAUCCUUGGGAAGGCCAUGGCGGCGAAGGAUGAACUCUGA